AUCUCAAAGAUGGGGAAUUUGUUGCGUCUUUGUAGGGCUUUUCAAUGGUGCUUUUCUUUAAACCUGUCGAGCCACAAACAGAGAGAGAGAAAGAGAGAGAAAAGAAGAUAAAAGUUAGAUUUAUUCUCAGUUUUUCUUUUUCUUUUCAACUUUUUGGGGUUUAGAAUCUCAAACCCAUCAAAUCAAUGCGUAAAUAUAAGAGAAGAAGAAGCUAAACAUGAACGACAAAGCCUCUGUUUCUAAGGAACUCAGUGCAAAACAUUCCAAGGUCUUAGAAGGCCUUGUUAAGCUACCAGGAAAUAAAGAAUGUGCAGAUUGUUUGAGCAGGGCUCCUCGAUGGGCAAGUGUGAAUCUUGGCAUAUUCAUAUGCAUGCAAUGCUCAGGGAUCCAUCGGAGUCUCGGUGUUCAUGUUUCAAAGGAAAAAAAGAAUACCUUCAAGAUCUUUCCACAUUUCUCUACAGGUAUCUAUUGA